AUUUGUAGACUUUUGUGAGUUGAGUUGACAGUUGCCAACCGAAGCCGGUGAAAAAUCGUAUCAAGUGACAUUUGGAUUCAACAUGGCUCACCUCUCUUCAAACCAUCGCUUCUACUUCCUUUUCCGCGAAUGUGAUUGAUCAGAAAGAAUCAUGCCGCUCGCUAAAGAUUUAUUGCACCCAUUGCCCGCUGAAGAGAAGCGAAAGCACAAACUUAAACGUUUGGUGCAACAUCCAAAUUCAUACUUCAUGGAUGUCAAAUGCCCAGGAUGCUACAAAAUUACAACAGUUUUUAGCCAUGCUCAAGGUGUUGUCGUUUGUGCCGGUUGUUCAACAAUCUUGUGUCAACCAACUGGUGGACGUGCUAAGCUGACCGAAGGAUGCUCAUUCAGACGGAAGCCACACUAAGCACGAUCUUUUCUAAUUAAAACAAACGAUUUAAGCUGCAACUGGAUUUUAAUCAGUUAUUUCCAAAAAGUGUAAAAAAUGAAUUGUUUUUUACAAAAACCACAACAACAACCGAAAGCGAAAUAAAAAUGAAAAUCAACAGUUAAAAAAAAAUCAUGAUUGUGUUUUCCUUAAAUCCAAGUUCAACUAAUUGUUUCCGAAUAGUGAACGAAAUUUCUGAUGCAAAUUAAACAACCAUUCCAUUCGAAUAAA